CCCUCAUGACGACCCGUAGCUUACCUUCUUCGCGCAUGCGCACCUUUCCUCCACUAACAACCGUAACAUGGCUAUCGUUGGAUUCCGACGAUGGGCCCAAGCCCUUUCAAAGGGGCAAGGCCCCGGCAUUUCUGCUCUUCUUUCUGGGUCCAGGGCAGCCUCUGGUCCUGCAAAGGGUGACUUACCAGGUGCGUACCCGAAAACUCCAGAGGAGAGGGCUGUUGCAGCCAAGAAGUACAGCCUGACAGUUGCAGACUAUGAGCCUUAUCCUGACCAAGGAGAAGGAUAUGGUGAUUAUCCAAAUCUUCCAAGUCGAUCCCAGCACGAGAGAGACCCAUGGUAUGAUUGGGACCACCCUGACCUGAGGAGGAACUGGGGAGAGCCGAUGCACUGGGACUUCGACAUUUACACCCGUAACCGUGUGGACACAUCGCCCACCGUUGUGUCCUGGUCCUCCAUGUGCAAGCAGCUGUUCGGUUUCAUCGGCUUCAUGUUGUUCAUGUUCUACCUUGGGGAGAAAUUCCCAAGUUACCAACCUAUUGCACCAAAACAAUAUCCGUACAACGACCUGUACUUGGAGAAAGGUGGAGAUCCUGAAAAACAGCCAGAGGAAGUCAAGCAUUAUGAAAUAUAAAUGCUACAAUCCUAUUCUAUGUGUACAUAUAUUACUGUCAAGAAUAAAAUGCUAACAGUUA